CUACAGCCAGGAGCCAAUGGCCAGAGACAAAGACAAACCCUGUGAGCUGGACCAAGAGAAAUACAAUGCUGAUGACAAUGUGAAAAUCAUCUGCCUGGGGGACAGCGCUGUGGGCAAGUCCAAGUGUGAAGCUCCCCCUGGAGACCUGAGGGAGGCUCUGCAGUGCUGGCAGCUUCUCUCUGCAAGGUGUGAGCCUGUCUCAGCUGUCUUGGACUAGUCCGGGCACACAUCCAUUUCUGCCUUCACCACACAAUGAGGGUAGACUUGACCCUGAUCAGAUGCCUAGUUUAAUCUUAUAUCCUUGUUUCCCACUUUUAACUUUUUUUUUUUUUUUUUUUUUUGACUUGUUUUAGGGCCACACCCACAGCAUAUGGAAGUUCCCAGCUAGGGGUCAAAUCAUAGCUGCAACUGCCGGCCUACACCGUAACCAUAGCAACAUGGGAUCCGAGCUGCAUCUGCAGCCUACACCACAGUUGAUGGCAACUCUGCACCCUCAACCCAUCUAGCGAGGCCAGGGAUCAAACCUGCAUCCUCAUGGAUACUAGUCAGGUUCAUUACCACUGAGCCACGAUGGAUAAUCUGGGAUGUAUUUUUCUAUCUCUGCAAAUAAUGUCAUUGGGAUUUUGAUAGGGAGUGCAUCGAAUCAGUAGAUUGCUUUGAGUGGUAUUAUCCACCUAAUAAUAUUAGGUCUUCAAAUCCAUGAACAUGGGUGUCUUUCCCUUUAUGUCUUGUUUAAUUUCUCUCAGCAAUGUUUUGUAGCUUUGGUGGACAGAUCUUGUGUCUCCUUGACUAAAUUUCCUUUUCACUUUGUUCUUUGCUGUGUAUAGAAAUACAGUGGAUUUUUGUGUGUGGAUUUUAUAUUCUGCAGCUUUGCUGAAUUUGCUUAUCGCUUUAACCAGGCUUUUGUGAAUUCUUCAGAGUUUUCUAGAUAUAAGAUCCUGUUAUCUUUGAACAGAAAUAAUUUUACUUCCACCUUUCCAAUUUGGAUGCCUUUUUUUUCCUUCUCUUGCCGAGGCGCUUGUGAUGGCGGCCUCCCAUAGCUGUUGUAUGAAAUGAGGCAUAUGCAGAUUAGGAUCUACUGAAUGGGGAGGCAUAAGCCAGCCACACAGGGAUGACAGGUAGCUAUGAGCUCUCACUCCGAGAAAGUUAAAACCCUCAGGUCAUUUCCAUUCAGUACACCCAUGCAGAGGAAGUAAAGUCCCAAGAUUUAUUACUUACAGAUCCCAUAAACAGGGGUGGGCAGUGAGCCAGGACAGGGGAAGGGCAGCUCUCUGUCCCAGGUCGCAAAUGAGCGGGAGAUAAAGACCAGGGUAGCACUUAUUACCUAUAAGGUGGUUGGGGCAGAGGUCACCAGCUUUUCCCUGCCUCAACCCUGUUUAUUUUUACAGGUGCCCCGGGAAGAGCAAAGCAGGAGCUUGUGGCAAAAAUCCUAAACUCAGAUCCACAUCUAAAGGCCCAGACUCUAGGUGUGAGCAGGGUGGUCAUACUGUAAAAAUGCCAAGAAAGCAACUCACAAUAACAGUGUUCUCAUCACAGUGCCCUGGCUAGAGCUUUCAGUACUAUGUUGAAUAGAAGUGGCAGAGCAGGCAUUCCUCUGCUCUGAUCUUAGGGAAGGCUUUAAGUCUUACACAGUCGAGUAUGAUGUUAACUGUGGGGUUUCCAUACAUGGCCUUUAUCCUGUUGAGGUGAUUACCUUCGAGUCCUAGUUUAUUGAGCGUUUUGGUCAUGAGCUGCUUUUUCUGCAUUUAUUGAGAUGAACAUAUAGGAUUUUUUCCUUCAUUCUGUUAAUAUGAUAUGUUUGAUUCAUGUUCUUAAGUUGAACCACCCUUAUAUUCUGAGAAUAACUCUCCCUUGGUCAUGAUGUAUAAUCCUUUUAAUAUGGUUUGGUUUGCUAUGGGGUUUUUUGGGGAUUUUUACAACUAAAUUCCUAAGGGAUACUGGCAUAUAAUUUUCUUUUCUUAUACUGUCAUUGUCUGGCUUUGGACUCAGGGUACUGCUGGCCUCAUAGCAAGAAUUACGAAGUGUUCCCUUCUCAGUUUGGGGGAAGAGUUUGAGAAGUAUUGGUGUUAGUUCAUUAAAUGGUUUGAAGCUCUCCAGUCCUGGACGUUUCCUUAUGGGAGGUUUUUGAUGCUGAUAUAAUCUCCUACUUAGUAGAGGUCUACUCAGGUUUUCUCUUUUGUCUUGAACCUGGUGAUUUGUGUCUUUCUAGGAAUCUGUGCGUGUCAUCUGGGUUAUCUAGCUUGGUGGUGUACACUAGUUCACAGUGUUCUAAUUGUAAUUCUUCUUGUUUCUGUAAAAUUGAUGUUACUGUCCCCAGUUUCAGUUCUGAUUGUGGAUCAUUUGUGUCCUCCCUCUUUCCUUAGUCUAGCUGAAGGUUGUCGAUUCUGAUGACCUUGGCACAGAAGUAAUUUUUGGUUACACUGAUUUUCCCUGUCGUCUUUCUGUUCUCUGUUUUGUUUAUGUCCAUGCUGGUCUUUAUUAUUUCUUUCCUUCCACUGUCUUUGAGUUUAGUUCACUCUUUCAUGGCUUCUACCUUAAGAUGUGCAGGUUAUGUUAUUGAUUUAAUGUCCAUCUUUUUGUGAAUUUUCUGGUUUUCCUUCUGUUAGUAAUUUCAUUCUAUUUUGUUGGAAAAGAUACUUUGUAUGAUCUUAAUAUGUUAAAUUUUAUCAUGGUUUGUUUGGUUGCCCCAACCUAUGUUCACUUAAGAAGAAUCUGUACUCUACUCUUGUUGGGUGGAAUGUCUUUACAUGUCUGUUAGGUCUGAUUGGUUUAUAGUGUGGUUCAAGUCCUUUGUCUCCUUGUUCUGCCCAUUAUUGAAAAUGGAAUAUUGAAAUCUAAACAUUUUAGUGUGCAGCUGUCUAUUUCUCCCCUUAUUUGUGUCAAUGUUGGCUUCAGAUAUUUUGGGACUCUGUUGUUGGUGCCUAUAUGUUUAUAACUUUUGUAUCUUCUCUAUAGACUGAACUUUUUAUCAACAUGUAAAAUCCUUCUUUGUAGCAUUUGUUACAUAAAAGAUUAUUUUGUCUCACUACAGCCAGGCCACCCCAGUUCUCUUUUGAAUACUUUUUUUUUUUUUUUUUGGUCUUUUUGCCAUUUCUUGGGCUGCUCCUGUGACAUAUGGAGGUUCCCAGGCUAGGGGUCUAAUCGGAGCUGUAGCUGCCAGCCUAUGCCAGAGCCACAGCAACACGGGAUCGGAGCUGCGUCUGCGACCUACACCACAGCUCACGGCAAUGCCAGAUCCUUAACCCACUGAGCAAGGGCAGGGAUCGAACCCGCAACCUCACAGUUCCUAGUUGGAUUCAUUAACACUGCGCCACGACGGGAACUCCACUUUUGAAUACUCUUUACAUGAAAUAUCUUUUAUCACCCUUUUAUUUUCAACCUCUUUAUGACUUUGUAUCUAAAGCAAGUUCUUGCUUUUAGCACAUAUAUGGAUCAUUUUUUAAUACACUCUGCCAAUCUCAUUUUUAAUUGGAAAGUUUUAUCCAUUCUCAUUUGCAGCAACAAUAAUUAGAGUUAUUUCUUUUUUGUUUGUUUGUUUGUCUUUUUGCCAUUUCUUGGGCCGCUCCCGCGCAUGUGGAGUUUCCCAGGCUAGGGGUCUAAUCGGAGCUGUAGCCACCAGCCUACACCAGAGCCUCAGCAACGCGGGAUCCAAGCCACGUCUGCGACCUACACCACAGCUCACAGCAACGCCGGAUCCUUAACCCACUGAGCAAGGCCAGGGACCGAACCCACAACCUCGUGGUUCCUAGUUGGAUUCAUUAACCACUGCGCCACGACGGGAACUCCUAGAGUUAUUUCUGAUAAAGAAAGAUUUACUUCUGCUGUUUAGCUGUUUUCUUUGUCUCCUUUUUUUCUCAAUUACUCCAUUACUCUUUUUUUGUGUUUAGUUUAUUGUUUGUACUGUGCUAUUUUGAGUCCCUUCCUUCUUUGUAUAAUUUUUUGUUUUUUAUUAAUGGUUGCCUUGGAAAUUAUAAUUCAUGUCUAAUACUUAUAACAUCCUGUUUGAAUACCAACCUAGUUAUAAUAGCACACAAACACUCAGCUCCUGCAGAACUCUAUCCCUCUCCUCUGUGUUGCUUAGUCACAAAUUACAUCUUUAUACAUUAAGUGCUCAUUAACAUAGAUUUGAAAUUAUAGUUUUAUGUAUUUGUCUUUUACAUCAUGUAGGAAAAAAGACAAGUUACAAACCAAAAGUACAAGAAUACUGGUUUUGAGAUCUACCUAUGUAGCUACCAUUACUGAAGGUCUUUAUGUCUUCAUGCAGCUCCAGGCUACUUUCUAGCAUCCUUUCAUUUCAACCUAGGCGAUUCUCUUUACCGUUUCUUAUAAGACAGAUCUACUGGUAAUGAGCCACAUAAGCUUAUGUUUAUCUGGGAAUGUCUUAGUUUCUCCAAAAUUCUUUUUUUUUUUUUUUUUUUGUCUUGUUGCCAUUUCUUGGGCCACUCCCGCGGCAUAUGGAGGUUCCCAGGCUAGGGGUCCAAUCGGAGCUGUACCCACCGGCCUACACCAGAGCCACAGCAACUCGGGAUCCGAGCCACGUCUGCAACCUACGCCACAGCUCAUGGCAAUGCCGGAUCAUUAACCCACUGAGCAAGGCCAGGGACCGAACCCGCAACCUCAUGGUUCCUAGUCGGAUUCGUUAACCACUGUGCCACGACGGGAACUCCCGUCUCCAAGAUUCUUGAAGGAUAGUUUGCUGAACAUAGAAUUCUUCAUUGACAAGUUCGUUUGGGUUUUUUCAGGACUUUAAAUAUGUCAUUCAACUGCCUUUUGACCUGAGUUGUGAAUGAUGAGAAAUUGUCUGUUUAUCUGAUUGAGAAUUUUGUCUUUGGGUUUGGACAGUUUGCUUAUAAUGUCGAUCUCCGAGUUUGUCCUGCUUGGAGUUUGUUGAGCUUCCUGGUUGUGUAUAUUCAUGUCUUGCAUAGAGUUUGGAAAGUUUUUAGACACUAUUUCUUCGCAUAUUUUGUCAGCCCCCACCCCCUUCAGUUUAUGAAACACAUGUAGUAUGACUUAUGCUGUCUCACAGGCUCCUUAGGCACUGGUCACUUUUACUUAUGUUUCUCUCUGCUUCUCAGACUGGAUCACUUCAGUUACCUCAUCUUUAAGUUUGCUGAUCCUUUCUUCUGCCUGCUUAAGUAUGCUGUUGAAACCCUCUACUGAGUUUCUCAUUUAAAUUAUUGUGCUUUUCAACUCCAGAGUAUCUGUUUGGUUUCUUAUCAUAAUUUCUAUCUCUUUAUUAAUAUUCUCAUUCUGUUUACACAUUACUUGCUGGUUUCCUUUAGCUUUUUGAGUAUAUUUAAGAUCAUUGGUUUAACAUCUUCGACUAGUAAUUCCAGGGUCUGGAUUUCCUCAUUGGUUGUUUCUGUGGAAUUCUUUUUAUCAUAUGAAUGGGCUAUACCUUCCUAUUUCUUUGUAUGCUUUCUGCUUUUCUGAUUGAGAAUGAGACAUUCAGAGUAUUUUUUUCUUUUUAAGGCCACACCUAUAGCAUAUGGAAGUUCCCAGGGGUCGAAUCAGAGCUGCAGCUGUGGUCUACACCACAGCCACAGUAACACCAGAUCUGAGCUGCACCUGUGACCUGUGCUGCAGCUCGCAACUAAUGCCGAAUCCUUAACCGACUGAGCAAGGCCAGGGAUCGAAUACACAUACUCACGGACGCUAUGUCAGGUUCUUAAUCCACUGAGCCACAGUGGGAACUCCCAUCCUGAGUACUUUAAUGUGGUGACUUUGGACUCAGAUACUCCCACUCAUCAAGGAUGGCUCAUUUCUGCUUAAUUAGGUCUAGAGCAUCCAUUUUUAACUUUUCUGUACUAUUUUUGCUAUGUGUAUGUUCCUUGUGUGUGGUCACUGAUAUUUCUGUUCCAUUAUCUGUGGUCAGAUAGUGACCUGACAAAGCUUUUCUCAAAUGUUCAGCUCCAAAAAGGGAAAGAAAACCCAAGGUAUUCCUAUCCUUUUCAUUUCUGGUAGGUGCUAGCAGAGGAAGCUUGAACCCUGAGAGAGCUGAGGUCUGAUUCCUCAGGGAUCUACCAACUUACCAAAACACUCAAGCCCAACUUUUUGAGGACAGAAUUUCUACUGCCAGCCAGACCCUUGGAGCACAGGUCACUGCAGAGCCGCAGCAGCCUGAGGGGUGGGUGGUGGUUGCUGGCUUGUGCGUGUCAUUCUGUGCCAGACCGCACUCUCCUGACUGUGGUGUCCGGUCAGGUUCCAGAGUUCAGAACUACCUGUUUCUGAUCUUUUUUUUCUAGUUUACUGGUUAUUUUAGUCGAGGGAGCGACCCCUAGAACUUCCAGUUCCACCAUUUUGUGUAAUGUCUCAAGAUUCAGUUUUUUAUACAUGGAUAAUAUCUAAUUGUUCCCACACCACUAACUGAUAGAACAAUCGUUUGCCCCACCGAAUUCCAGUAAUGCUUUUGUUCCAAAUCCAGUAACCAUACAUGUAUAUAUUUUAAGAGCCUGUCUGUUGUCUGUCUUCACCCACCAGAAUGAAAGCUUCAUAAAGAAGGGAUUUUCAUCUGUUUUGUUCAGUGUUACAUCAUGGCACCUAGAAUAGUAUCUGGCAAAUGGCAAGCACUCAGUUAAAAAAAAAAAAAAAUGGCAGGAAUUAAAUGUAUUUGUCAUGUUUAUGAUAUUAGACACAAUACUGCAGUGAAUUUUAUGCCUAACAUCUUGGGCACACAUCCUAUUAGACUUGGGGUAAAAUUGCCAAGUUUGAGGAUUAGCUCAAACUUUAAGACAAUCCAGUUACUCCAAAAUAGUGACGUUACAUUUGCAGUCCUCCCAGCACAGUGCAAGAGUUUCUGGUGCCCCACGAAAGCUCCAACAUUUAGUGUCACACGACUUUUCCAGUUUUGCUAAUCUGAAGGGUGUGGGUGCUACUUCAUUUUAUUUUACUUUGCAUUAAAAUCAGUAAAUUAAAAGAUUGAUCAUCUUUUCAUAUUUGUUAGCCAUUUAUCUGUGACUUGCCUGUUCAUAUUCUUAGGACCCAGGUUGUGCGCGUGUUCUCUCAUUCACAUAUCAGAACCAUUUGCUGUUUCUGUACAUUAAUUCUUUGUCAGUGAUUGGCAUGGAACCCCGAGGCGGGUUUUUUUCUUUCAUUUUGAAAUAAGAUUUACAGGAUGUUGCAGAGUCCAGAGGAGGCCUGUGUGCCCUUCACUCAUGUCUUAGCCAUAGUAUGAUACCAAAUUCAGGAGAUUGGUACUAGUUCAGUGCGUGUGUAUAGUUCUGUGUCAUUUUGUCCUGUGUGUAGAUUCGCAGGAGCAUCACUGGAAUCAGGAUACAAAGGCUCUUCCGUCGCGGCAGAGGCCUUGGUCCCGCUGCUCAUUUAGAGCCACACCCACCCCACUUCACCCUGUACCACCCCAGCCCCUGUGCUCACUACUCCACUCCCUCUCUAUAAUUACGUCAUCUUGUGUAAAAGGCAUUAUACAGCAUGUGACCUUUUUCACUCAGCGUAAUACCCUUAAUAGCCACCCAAAUUGUUUUGUGUCUCUGUAGUUUGUUCCGUUUUACUGCUGAGUAGUAGCCCAUGGUAUAGAUGCACCACGGUUUGUUUACUCCCUGAAAGGAGUAAGCCGGGGCCCCUGCCCGCGGGAGAAGCCUAUGUGGGUGCUCGUGGGUUGCUGUUAUAGCCAAGGGACAGCAGGAACUUCAGAAGAGACAGGAAGAGGAUAGAUGCUUCUCGGCCAUUGUCCUUGAAGGAAAACUGUGUAGCUGUGGAAGGAAUGGGAGGGGAAGCUGUCUUCCAGGUUUUCAACCCCUUGGGCAGCACGACAGAAUCAGGAGGAGGAGUGUGGAGGGAAGCCCCUGACCUCCUUGCACGUUCUCCUUACAGACUCAUGGAGAGAUUUCUCAUGGACGGAUUUCAGCCGCAGCAGCUGUCCACGUAUGCCCUCACCCUGUACAAGCACAGGGCCACAGUCGACGGCAAGACCGUCCUCGUGGACUUUUGGGACACAGCAGGCCAGGAGCGGUUCCAAAGCAUGCACGCCUCCUACUACCACAAGGCCCACGCCUGCAUCAUGGUGUUUGAUGUGCAGAGGAAAAUCACCUACAAGAACCUGGGCACCUGGUAUACAGAGCUUCGGACGUUCAGGCCAGAGAUUCCGUGCAUCGUGGUGGCUAAUAAAAUCGAUGACAGGCCAGUGUCCUGCCUUCUCUCUACAGCAGACAUAAAGAUGACCCAAAAAAGCUUCAAUUUUGCCAGAAAGUUCUCCCUGCCCCUGUACUUUGUCUCAGCUGCUGAUGGUACGAACGUCGUGAAG